AUGAUUGACUACAGAUACAUUCUGAAUAAGAAGUUCUUUAAAUGGUGUUCCAUACUGUCGACUAUAAUCACCUUGUCGACAACCUUUUAUAUCUAUACGUAUCCAUCUGCGUAUCCAGCACGUUGUUCAUGGUAUAAUGCUGCUCAAGAUGGGAAUGAUGUCGAUGUUAAUGGAUUGGACCAUAUGUCGAGGGCAUUAUACUACACUAAAAGGUAUUUGAAGGAUGUAUACAAGCAUAACGUACUUGGCGUAGUUCCAUCGAAAGGUGAUGAAGAUGGCGGUCCACAAGAUAUACAUAUGAUUGCAUUUGGAGAUCCUCAAAUCAAGGGAAUUUGGCCUAGCACGGAUUAUAAUACGAGAUUAGACAUCUAUGGUAAUGAUCAUUAUCUCGGUCAUAUAGUUUCAGUCAUGGAACAGAGGUUAAGACCAUCUCAUGUAGCGGUACUUGGAGAUCUUUUCUCAUCACAGUGGAUUAGUGAUUCAGAAUUCUACAAUAGGAGCUCUAGAUAUUUGACAAGGUUAUUCCACAGAGAUACAACGUGGUUAAAGGAUUUAAAAGAACUAGAGCACGAUGAUAAUGGGCUCUACAAGAUAGAUUGGAUGACAUGGGGCCAAUCUUUAAAUCGUAAGUGCGAAGAGGAAAAACCUUGGAAUUUGGAAUUUGGAUACAGUGAUGUACAUUCCUGGGAUCCUGAAAAGGAGGAUUAUCUUUUCAUCAACGUUACCGGUAAUCAUGACAUCGGGUAUUCUGGUGAUACCACUUAUCAACACUUGGCAAGAUACAAUCAAGUAUUCGGUAAGGACAACUACUGGAUCGAAUACGAUAGGGAUACCGAUCACCCAUGGCGUAUAGUGGUACUCAAUUCAUUGCUAUUGGAAGGUCCUGCGUUACAACCGGAGUUUUUAGAUGUCACUUGGGAAUUCUUAACACAGUUAGCUGAAAGAAAUUUUGAAGGUAAUACCAUUUUAUUGACCCAUGUACCUUUCUAUAAGGAGGAAGGACUAUGUAGCGAUGGUCCCAAUUUCGAGUAUUACCCAGAGGACCACGCUUCAGAGCCCUAUAAAUCCAAGUUGUUAAGAUCUCAAAAUCAUUUAAGUGAAAAAGUGACUAAUGAAGUGCUGAACCUUGUGUUUCACAACAAAAAACCAGGUAUUAUCCUAACGGGCCAUGAUCACGAAGGUUGUAAAACCAUCUACAAUAAGAAUUUCGACGACGAUACAUGGACUGCCUCUAAGGAGGCGAAAUCUGAUUUGGCAGUUCAAGAAAUUACGGUAAGAGCCAUGAUGGGUGAAUUUGACGGCAAUACGGGUUUGUUAACGGGUCAUUUCGAUCGUGAUCAAGGCGAUUGGGAAUUUCAUUUCAAACUAUGCCCCUUCAUGGUUCAACACGUUUGGUGGGUCGCUAAAAUCUUUUUAAUUGUUACCGUGUUACUAUGGUCAAUUACAUUCUUUAUGUAG